AGAAAGAGAGAGAGAGAGAGAGCUUUCCAAUAUGCAACCUGCGAGACAGCACCACGCCGUCAUCUAGAGAGAGAGAGAGACAGAGAGAGAGAGAGAGACAGAGAGAGGCGGGGAUGGAGAGACAGUAGUGGCGCGGCGGCUCAGCUCAUCUCGGCACAGUCGGUGCUCGCAUGUAGCGCGACACAAUAGGAAGAGCUGCAUCUUUUCAAGUCACGCGCGGAUAUUGUGUACGUUGUUUUAUUUGUUUGUUUGUUUGUUUGUUUUUCCCCCCUGGGAGAUUUAGCCGCGUGCCGUAUCUACAGUGAUGUGUGUGUGCGUGCACAGUUUUGUUUAGUGACAAAAAACGGAUUAAUCUGAGGCAGUGAAUCCCUGCUGCUGUCAUAACAGAUUCUGCAAAACGAGGCCAGCUCCAAAUACGAUUCCAUACAUUUAUGAGUAAAUGUGAGAGUACUUUGACCCUACAAAAUUGAAGAUGAUGUUGCUAUGGAAACUAGUGCUGCUGCAGUCACUUAUGGGUUGCCUUGCAGAGAGCAGUGUCCUGCAGAGUCCUGUCUUCACCAAGCAGCCCGGCAGCAUUGUGUAUCCCGUGGAAAAUCUGGAGAGGACCAGGGAAGUGGUGUUCAGCUGCGAAGCCCAAGGAAGCCCACCUCCCGUGUACCAGUGGAAACUGAAUGGCACGGAAGUCAGUCCCAAAUCUGGAUCUCACUACAGCCUCUCUGGAGGAAACCUCAGAAUUAACCAUCUAAACAAAGACCAAGAUGCAGGAACGUAUCAGUGCCUCGCCUCCAACUCUUUUGGGACCAUCGUCAGCAGGGAGGCCAGUCUAACCUUUGCAUACUUGGAGAACUUUAAGACUCACAGGAGAAGCUCUGUCUCGGUCCGUGAAGGUCAAGGCGUGGUUCUGCUGUGUGGCCCUCCGCCACACUCUGGAGAUUUGAUAUUCUCCUGGAUCUUCAACGAGUACCCGACAUUUGUGAAGCAGGACACUCGCCGCUUCAUCUCACAGGAGACGGGGAACCUGUACAUCGCCAAGGUGGAGCCCUCCGACGUUGGCAACUACACCUGUGUGGUGACCAACACAGUCACCAAGACCCGGGUCCAGGGUCCACCCACUCCACUGGUGCUCCGCAGUGAUGGUGUCAUGGGUGAAUAUGAGCCAAAGAUUGAAGUUCAGUUUCCAGAGUUUGUUCACGUCGCCAAAGGAUCCACUGUGAAGCUGGAAUGCUUUGCGCUGGGAAACCCAGUCCCCUCUAUAAACUGGAGGAGAGUGGACAGCAUACCCUUCCCCAGGAAAGUGGACAUGAGGAAAGCCAGUGGCGUCCUGGAAAUCCCAUAUUUCCAGCAGGAGGAUGCCGGCACGUACGAGUGUGUGGCCGAGAAUUCCAGGGGAAUGAACAUGGUGAAAGGGAAGCUCUCCUUCUACGCGCCUCCACAACUUAUCGAGAAGCCCCAAGAUGCACAGAAGCUCAUUGAUGACUCGCUGGUGUGGGAGUGUAAAGCCACAGGAAAGCCAAAGCCCUCCUACAGGUGGAUGAAAAAUGGAGAGAACCUGGAUUCUGCUGAGGAGCGCAUACAGGUGGCCAAUGGGGUGUUGUCGAUCACUCGUCUGACCCUGUCUGACACAGGAAUGUACCAGUGUGUGGCGGGGAACAAGCACGGCGAGGUCUACGCCAACAUGGAGCUACGAGUUAUAGCUGUUGCCCCAGAUUUCUCUCACAAUCAACUGCGGAGCCAGACGCUGGUGAAGGUGGGAGGAGAUGUGCUCAUCGAGUGCAAGCCCAAGAUGUCUCCCUGGGGUGCCAUCUCUUGGCGGAAGGGCAGCGAACCACUGCGAGAAAGUAACAGGGUCUCAAUUUUGGACAACGGGAACCUUCGGAUAUGGAAUGCAACCAAAUCCGAUGCAGGGCUCUACACCUGUGUGGCAAGGAACCAGUUUGGUGUGGCAAGCAGCACGGGAAGUGUCACAGUUAAAGAGCCGACCAUCAUCACCACCCUGCCGUCCACCCUGGACGUCUCUGUGGGGGAGAGCGUGGUCCUGCCCUGUCAGGUGAGCCACGACCCAUCGCUGGAGCUCAAGUUCACCUGGUUCUUCAACGAGCAGCUCAUCCACUUUGGCAGCCAUGGUGGAUUUUUUGAAAAAGUGGGAGGACAGCAUUCGGCAGGAGACAUUAUGAUUAGAAACGUCCAGCUGAGGCAUGCUGGGAAGUACACGUGUGCCGUGCAAACCAAGGUGGACAGUAUUUCCAUCGCUGUUGACCUGGUCGUCAGAGGUCCCCCGGGGCCUCCCACCAGCAUCCAUGUAGAAGAAAUCAGCGAUACCACAGCCUCUCUGUCCUGGAGGCCUGGUCCUGAUAAUCACAGUCCAAUUACGGCAUAUACCAUCCAGGCCAGGACACCAUUUUCCCUCGGGUGGCAGGCUGUCACCACAGUUCCUGAGGUGGUGGGGGGCAACCGGCUGACAGCUACAGUAAUAGACCUGAGCCCUUGGGUGGAGUAUGAGUUUCGAGUUCUGGCAAGCAACACCGUUGGGACCGGCGAGCCCAGCAAGCCAUCCAAACAAGCAAGGACAAAAGGAACCUCUCCGAAGGUCACACCGGCCAAUGUGAGCGGAGGCGGUGGCAGUCGCUCCGAAUUAGUCAUCACAUGGGAGGUAAGAGAGCUCACUCACGACUCCCUCACCCAUUGAGGGAGGAAGACAUCAUUAUUCUCCAUGGAUCCAGGCCCCUGUUUCAUUAAUAACAGCUGAAUGGCCUAAUGUAUGGCAUUUAAUUUUUAAGAACAGAGAGGCAAUAACUGCUGCUGUCACCCCGGGGGAGAGAAAAAUGUUUUUGAGGUUUCGAUAAGAUAAUUAAACUCAAUGGCUCCUUCGAAGUCCUAGUUUUUUUUUUUUAGUUC